AUGCGCGCCGUCCAAGUCAGCGAAUAUGUCAAGGGACCUCUCGACCUAAAAGUCUCCACCAUCCCAACUCCAACCCCAGCACCGGAUAAAUACCUCAUCGAGAUCCAUUCCGCCGGUACCAAUUUCUUCGAUAUUCUUCAAAUCCAAGGGAAAUACCAACACCAACCACCUCUUCCCUGGGUUGGUGGUGCCGAGUUCGCAGGUACUGUUAUCGCGGUACCUACUUCAUCUUCGACUUCGGCCUUCAAGUUCAAGGUUGGGGAUCGGGUUUUCGGCGCUACACAAGGUGCUUAUGCUACGCACGUCCUCGCUCCGGAAAGUACAUUACUCCCCGUGCCUGCGGGGUGGAGUUUCGAAGAUGCAGCCGGGUUAUUCGUUACGGCUCCUACGUCCUAUGGAGGACUUGUACACCGUGCUGGCGUGAAAGCCGGUGAUUGGGUUCUUGUGCAUGCGGCUGCUGGGGGUGUUGGAUUGGCCGCAGUUCAGAUUGCGAAGGCGAAGGGGGCGAUUGUUAUUGCGACGGCUGGAACGAAGCGGAAGAGGGAAAUAGCGAUGGAGUUUGGGGCUGAUUAUGUGGUUGAUUAUACGGAUAAGAACUGGCCGGAGGAGGUUAAGAAGCUUUGUGCGGAGAAGAGGAGUGGGAAUGGGAAGGCUGGAGUGGAUAUUGUUUAUGAUCCUGUUGGGUUAAUUGAGAUGAGUUUGAAGUGUGUGGCGUGGAAUGCGAGGUUGUUGGUUAUUGGGUUCGCAGCGGGAAAGAUUGAGAAGGUUGCGUUGAAUCGGGUGUUGUUGAAAAAUGUUAGUUUGGUGGGGUUGCAUUGGGGACAGUAUGCGAAGUUUGAGACGGAGACUGUUGGGGAGGUAUGGAAGGGGAUCUUUGAUCUUGUUGCUAAGGGUCAGUUCCGUGGAACGGCUUUUAAGGAUGAGAGUUUCGUCGGGUUGGAGAGUGUGCCAAGAGCUUUGCAGGCGCUUGGUGGACGUGAGACUUGGGGGAAGGUUGUUGUGAAUGUGGUUGGUGAGGCUAAGAGUCGGCUGUAG